UAUCUAUCUCAAACAAAGAUUCAAUACACAUCUCAGUGAUCAAUAAAUUUCCAAAUAAUAAUUAAACAUUGAAUUCUUUUUUAAACCAAUUAAUCUAAUUUGUGUUUAUUAUCUUAUUUAAAUAUAAAUAAGUUAAUUAUUUGUUUUUAUAUAAUCAUUUUUAUAUUUUUGGUGUAAAAAUUUAAAAAAAGGCGGUAAAAAAAUAAAUAUGGUUGGCAAACAAAGAAAGAAGUGAGUGUACAUUGCCAGGACCAAUAGAAUAGUGUAAACAGAGGAUUGAUGAUUUCUCAUUGGUGAAAAAGUUACAAAGACAGAACGCAUGAACAAAUAAUCGUUGAUGUACAUGAGCAUUUGAGUUGGAUACAAGAAGAUCUAAGGGAAUAGACGUUUUCCGAGGGCUACGACUCUUCUCCCACCAACAUAAAAUACAGUCACUGAGUGGUCCUGAAGCUCGGCCAUUUGCCUCACGAGUGGCGAAUUGGCAAUUCGUGAGUGACACAAAGUGACACUGAAAACAACAGCUAUACAAGAAUUAUUUUUUUUCUAAUUAAUUGGGCGGGUAUUCCCGAAACGUUUUAUCAAAAUAACGCGACGAAAAAGGAUGAUACAUUCGGGGCGUACGAGACUCGAGUUAACAUGGGUAUUUCAUGACGACGAGGCACAAAUAAACAAGAAACUGCCAAAGGAAUUAUUACUCAGGAUCCUAUCAUAUCUUGACGUUGUAUCAUUGUGUCGUUGUGCUCAAGUCAGCAAAGCGUGGAACGUUUUGGCUUUAGAUGGAUCUAAUUGGCAGAGAAUAGAUUUAUUUGACUUUCAACGAGACGUCGAGGGACCAGUGAUAGAAAAUAUUUCACGAAGAUGUGGUGGCUUUCUCCGUCAAUUAUCUCUUCGUGGAUGCCAAAGUAUUGGAAACAAUUCCAUGAAAACUCUUGCCCAAUCGUGUCCAAAUAUCGAGGAAUUAAAUUUAAGUCAAUGUAAAAAAAUAUCCGACGUUACUUGCGCAGCAUUAAGCAGUCAUUGUUCAAAACUCCAACGCCUCAAUUUGGAUUCUUGUCCUGAAAUAACUGAUCUCGCUCUCAAGGAUUUAUCAGAUGGUUGUCGACUUUUGACACACAUUAAUUUGUCAUGGUGUGAGUUACUUACUGAUAAUGGAGUAGAAGCAUUGGCACGAGGAUGUCCGGAACUCAGAAGUUUUUUGAGUAAAGGAUGUCGACAACUUACAGACAGGGCAAUCAAGUGCCUAGCUCGUUACUGCCCAAAUCUCGAAGCAAUUAAUCUCCAUGAGUGCCGAAAUAUUACAGAUGAUGGAGUACGAGAGCUUAGCGAAAGAUGCCCGCGGUUACAUUAUGUUUGUAUAUCGAAUUGUUCCAAUUUAACAGAUGCAACACUUGUGACAUUGGCACAGCAUUGUCCUUUGCUCAGCAUUCUCGAAUGUGUCGCCUGUACCCAUUUUACUGACGCUGGCUUCCAAGCUCUUGCUAGAAAUUGUAGACUGUUAGAGAAAAUGGAUUUAGAAGAAUGUACUCUUAUCACUGAUGCUACACUCAUUCAUUUAGCAAUGGGUUGUCCCCGACUGGAAAAAUUAAGUUUAUCUCAUUGUGAAUUGAUAACUGAUGAAGGAAUCAGACAGCUCGCACUGUCGCCAUGUGCUGCCGAAAAUUUAGCUGUAUUGGAGCUUGAUAAUUGUCCACUUAUCACAGACGCUAGUCUAGACCAUCUUUUACAGGCGUGCCAUAAUCUUGAACGGAUUGAGCUUUAUGACUGCCAAUUAAUUACACGAUCCGGAAUACGUAGACUCAGGACUCAUUUACCAAAUAUAAAAAUACAUGCGUACUUUGCUCCAAUGACGCCUCCACCAAGCGCUGGCGUAUCUCGACAACGUUAUUGUCGUUGCUGCGUUAUCCUGUGAUUUAACUUUUGAUGAACUUUCGAGUGAUUCUAAAACUAUUGAUUUGCCAUCGAUUUAUUGGCUGGUAAUGGAUGAUAUUCAUCCUUUAUAAAAGAUAGCCGUGAUGGUACUAGGAAGGAAUGACAUAACGAUAUAAAUAAAAAGAACUUCUACCUUGUCCGCGUUCAAUUGGCCAACAAUAUCAUAUACUUUAAUCAGAAAAAAAAAUAUCUUUGGUAUUGCUGCUAUCCAUCAGUGUAUUAUUUACGUAAAUUUUUUUAUACACUGUUUAGUAGCAUUUAUUAUUUCUCUUAGCGCAUUAUAUUUACUAGGAGAGUACAGACUGACAAGAAAUAAACAAAUCAAACUUUGAUUAUUCAUUUGAAUAAAAAAUUAAUCGUUAAAUAAAUCUUACGCGGUUUCUCGAUAAGAUUAACACAAAAAUAUUAUGUAAUUGUUAGAUUUUCGUACGGUUGUAAUUUUAUCUAAUUCGUUUUGAUUUUUUAGGCCGAAGAGUUCAAGAAUGAACACAGAUAUGUAAGAACGUUUAAAGAUGGUGAAUAAAAAAUGUAUUUAGUUGCUUCAAAUGAUAAAACGAAAAGAAUAUCAUAGUCACAUGACGUUGAAUUGUGGUUUUUCAACUAAACCAAAACAAUUUGAAAUGUUGGAAUAAUUUUUCAAUAUGUAUGAUGUAAUGAAGAAAGUCAAUGGAACAAAAAAAAAACAAUUUUAAUCUCUUGACAGUGUUCAAGGAAGUAACGCCUAAAUUAAAAUAGAUAUAAUGGAACAAGAUAAGAAAAAUCAUUGAAUUGAAAUGGAGGCCAAUAGUUACAAAAAAAAAAAAAAAAUAAUAAAGAU